UGACAAUGCAAUAUGUAAAAUGGCAAUGCAUUUCUGUAUUUGCAUUUACAUUUUCCAAUACAUUUGUGCAACGUUUGGUGCAAAAUGAAAAUGAAAAUGUAUUUAUAUAAUUUUCAUUUGCCAUUUCAUACACUAGUUUUAAUAUGUAAAAUGAAUAUUCAUUUUAACGCUUUAUAAGUUGCAAAAUUAAAACGAAAAUGUAUUACAGAAAUUAUUUGAUAUGUGUAACAUGUUCAAGCAAAAACUGUGGCAAAAUUAUCAUUCAAAUGUUAUUUUUCUUAAUUGCAUUUACACUCACAGUCAAGACACUUACGAUUGCAUUUCCAUUCAAUGUCCCGCAAUGAAUGUAGCAAAAUUCAAUGUGCACGUUGAAAAUGCAUUCCGAGCCGAUCACGUGUCCGCCCCCCCGCGCGCCAUGUCAAUCACUGCGUGAACAAGGCGGGGCUCGGCAACAGGUAAACCUAACUUUUUGAGGUGUUGGAAACAUGGCGGCGGCAGAGCUAAUUCGAGCGUUAAAUUCACUAGCAGAUGAAGUGGAGCGUGUACAGAGAAACGGUAGUAUUUCCGAAGAUUGUUACGCGUAUAUAUGUGAUAGAACCAAUACGUUGUUGGAACGUCUGGGAGAAUUUUCUGCCUUAUCAGGCGCCGACACCCGUUUGGCUGCUGACAUUUUAAAGGUAGUGGAAGAACGAUUGUCUUCGGAUAGGCCUGGGAGAGUGGGGAGACCAGCCGUGGAGAUUCCUGGCGAGGCCAUAGAAGGGUAUCUUAUGUAUGGGCUACACGUUAAAGAUAUCGCGGCCUUGUAUGGAGUUAGUCGAUGGACGGUACAUCGACGAAUGCAGCAGUGUGGACUGAAAGUUUCAGAGUUGUACUCUGGCAUUGACAAUACCGAACUGGACCGUUUGGUGAUGGAGAUUCAAAGGGAGCACCCACAGUGUGGGUACCGUAUGAUGAGAGCUUUUCUCCAAGCAAGUGGACAUUUGAUUCAGUUUUUUAGGGUACGUGAAUCACUACACAGAGUGGACCCAGAGGGAACACAACUUCGAGCCCUGGCUAACCGGACUCUUCAUCGCAGACAGUACUCCGUUCCUGGUCCGAAUUGCAUGUGGCAUAUAGAUGGAAAUCAUAAAUUAAUACGAUGGCGAUUCGUGAUCCAUGGAGGCAUUGAUGGGUUUAGUCGUCUUGUAGUUUAUCUGAAUGCUGCUACUAACAAUAAUGCCACCACUGUGCUGGAUGCUUUCCUUGGUGCUGUUAGCCAGUAUGGGUUGCCAUCUCGUGUUCGUUCAGAUAAAGGAGGUGAAAACAUUGAGGUUGCUCAAUUUAUGGUUCAGAACCGCGGAGAAAACCGCAAUUCACACAUUACGGGAAGGAGUGUUCACAAUCAGAGGAUUGAACGUCUUUGGCGAGAUGUAUACACACAAGUCCUUGAUUUGUUCCACACAUUGUUUUACCAUUUGGAGAUGACUGGACUGUUGAACCCUGAUGAUGAGAUCCACAUUUUUGCUCUGCAUUGGACCUUUUCCCUCCAGUUACAACAUCAGCUUAACACUUUUAAAGAAGCAUGGAACUUUCACAGACUGAGAACAGAGAACGGUCGAUCUCCAUAUCAGCUUUGGCUGCAAAACAGAGAUGCUGCUGAUGAUUUAGGGACUGUUGAUGAGGACUAUGGUGUUGACUGGGAUGGACCACCUGCCAUGGAAGAUGCAAACAGCAUUUCAAUCCCAGAUGUGCAGUUGCCACGCAGCCUCACUGCAGAGGAGAUUGCAGGUCUUCCCAACCGGGAUGUUCCACUAAAUGCCACAGUGAAUGUUUAUAAUUCCACAGUGGAACAACUGACAGAGAUUUUAAGAUAUUAGAUGUUCUUGUUUGGAGCAUUGAGGACUGACGCCAUGAACUGACUUUCUUUUGGUGAGUUUAUUGUAACAUUGUGUAUGAAAUGCCUGAAUUACAGCAAGGCUUUCUGAUAACUUGUUCUUAUGUAAACUUCAUUUAACUCACAAGAAUUUUGAACAAUGCAAAACUGGGAAAGUUCCUUUCAAGAACAUGCAUUCAUAAAACAACAAUAAAAAUGCUGAAGACGA